CCAGAAGGAAAUGUUGGAAAACGUUAACUCAUCACGGCCAUUAAAUGCCUCUACAAUUACAAAUAUGACAACUGUUGAUCACCUUAUUUUCUUCAGUUUAGAAUAACACUUCCUUGUUGUUUUAAGAAUUCUAACAUGCAGACACUUGUCUUUUUGAUAUUAUUGAGACUGACUUUGUCCUCUGGAUACCAAAUCAUCUCUCAGAAAAAGGAGACUGCGCAGGCUACGGAAAUACCAGAAUGCCAAGGGUCUGGAACAUGUUAUAAAUCCAGUAAUGCAGUAGAUGGGGACAUUAACACGUUUACAAGGACAGCACCUAUUGGAACUUAUAAUCAAGUUAAAUCGACAUGGUGGUAUGUUGACCUUGAGAACAUACUCAGCAUCUACAACAUCAGAAUACAGUUCAAAGACUAUGGAGAACAAUAUGAUCGUACGCCAGUAGUCCAUUCUACAGAAUUACAGAAAUUACUCUACAUGCAGCAGAUUCGAAACGUUAUUUCUGUAGCAUUAAAGAAAUAAAAAGGUUUCGUUAGAUUUUACAAAGUAAUGUAAAUUUAUUGGAUGUGUAUUUUGUAUAUUAUUACUUUGUAUAUUAUUUUGUAUAUUACUUACUCCUCCUAGGCACCUGAUCCCACCUCUGGUGUGUCCAGGGGUCCGUAUUUGCCCAACUAUCUAUUUUGUAUUGUUUAUAGGAGUUAAGAGAUUGAUUACUGUUCGUUAUCUUCACCUUGCAUUAGUGAAAGUAUUGAUUAGAAUACAAUUCCUUAUAUGUUUUACAUUGAGGACGUAAAAAACUGACAAUUACAACCUUUAAGAAAUUCUGCAAUUACGUGUAAAUGGAAGUUAAUAGUCAGAUUGUUAGUGAAAUGAUAUUGUUUGAAAAAUUCAACGUGUUUGUGAUAAAAGUGAAUACUAGUAUAACAUCCAUACGCAGACCCCUAAACACAGAGUUGGGAUCAGAUGCCUAAAAGUGAGCAUCCCCUUUUGACCGUUUACACCCUUCAUCUUGAUCAGGUAAACUGAUGAUCAGUAAUCUCGACUGAGAUUGGUCUGGCUGAAUAUUUGGACACCUUCACCGAAUAUCUCCUUCAUAAUUCAUGUCUUGUUUACAUUCAACAUCUGCCUGUUCUAGCAAUUAAUUUGCACCUAGAUGACAUUGCCUCUUGCUUCAAAUAUUAAACCAACUCUGUAUCACUAUUA